GUGUGUCUGCAGGCAGCCUUCCUCCUGCCCGUGCUCACAUUGCUGGUCCGUCGUGGCUUACAGCCAAAUCUGGAGCCCUGGUUACAGACUCCCAGCGCCCUGUGUGUAGCUCCUACUCGUGAACUCAUCACACAGAUCUACCUACAAGCACUCAAGUUCUCUCACGGGACGGUUGUUCGCUCCGUGGUGGUGUACGGAGGCACGAGUGUUGUCCAUCAGCUGCAGCAGCUGGAGAGGGGAUGUCACCUUUUGUGUGGAACCCCUGGGCGUCUCCUUGAUGUCAUCAACAGGGGACGGGUGAGUCUGUCGAAGGUGGAGUUUGUGAUUCUGGACGAGGCUGAUCGCAUGCUGGAGCUGGGCUUUGAGCAGGAUGUGAGGCGAAUUCUGGAUUCUGUCCCACCACGGGAACAGCGACAGACACUCAUGUUUAGUGCCACUUUCCCUACGGAGAUACAGAAGCUGGCUGGAGACUUUCUGCGAGCUGACUAUCUGUUUGUGGUCGUGGGCCGUGUUGGAGGCGCUUGCUGUGACGUGCGGCAGUCGAUCGAGCGAGUGGGAAACUUUGAGAAGCGUGAGAGACUCCUGCAGCUGCUGGGAGACUUCGGUCUGGAUCGCACCUUGGUGUUUGUAGAAACUAAACGGAGCGCAGACUUCUUGGCCUGCCUCCUGUGCCAGUCCGGAUUCCCUACAACCAGCAUCCACGGCGACCGUCAGCAGAGGGAGCGUGAGGAGGCCCUCAGUGACUUCAAGUCUGGCCGUGUCUCCAUCCUGGUGGCCACCUCCGUUGCUGCUCGUGGCCUUGACAUCGAUGACGUCCGACACGUGGUGAACUAUGACCUCCCGGGCUGUGUGGAUGACUACGUUCACCGCAUCGGCCGCACGGGACGUAUCGGCCACUGUGGAUCCGCUGUCGGAUUCUUCGACUGCGGCCGCGACCGCGAUUUGGCUCGGCCGCUCGUCCGGGUGCUCAGCGACGCUGGCCAGGAUGUUCCACCCUGGCUGGAGGAGGAGGCGAGUGGAGCUGUGGGGACUUCGUUUGGAGGCGUUGGAGGAACUUUCACGUCACGUGACGUGCGCAGGCAGGGCUCUGGUUGGAUGCGUCCUUCCUCUCUCCACGCCAUGAACUCACCACCACCACCACCAGCUGCUGCUGCUGCUGCUGCUGGUGGUGGUGGUGAGGAAGAGUCCUGGGACUGAGACUCACAGCGCACACUCAGUAC